CUUAUACGUCGUGCACGAGUCGUCCGUUCAUCGCCGCCGCUAGGUAAUAUUCUAUGGCAUCCACUUCCCCUCUGCCUUCCUCCUCCCACCGCUUGCCGACACUGUCAGCCUCUCAAGCUCUGUCAACAUCUCAAUCCACACGCUCGAGAAUAAGCACAGGCUCGCAAGAGCUUGAUAAGGCAAUAGGAGGAGGUCUCUCGCGUGGGAAAAUCACCGAGCUAUGCGGACCUCCUGGUAGUGGGAAAACCACCCUUGGAUUGCAAUCCGCUGCCAAUGCCCUCCUCUCCGGAGACGGGACCCGAGUCGUCUGGAUAGACACCUCCCACCCACUCCCCGUAUCCCGUUUAGGUGCUAUCCUCUCCCGCUCAGGCGAUCCUCGAGAGCUCUUCCCAAACCUGCAGACAAUUCGAACGCCUACGCUCGCGCAUUUGCUCACAUUGGUGGUGCAUCCCUUGCCCACCUUCCCGCCAGAGAAUACGAGUUUGGUAGUGAUUGAUAACGUGUCGACACCAUUUACCGUCGCCUUCCCCCCCGGGAUGGAGGAGGAAGGGGGUGGGGGCGGUGGGAAGGUGAAGACGGAGCCCGUUGGUGUGAGACGAUUUGCUAUCAUGGGGGAUUUGAUUUCUGCAUUGGGAAAGCUGGCUGGGUCGAAGGGUGUUGCCGUGCUGUUAUUAAACCAAAUGACAACUAAGGUUAUACCCGGGGUCGGAGCGAUGCUCAUACCCUCUCUUAGUUCACCCCCGUGGACAACAUCGCUGAACUCCCGUUUAUUAAUCCACUACAACAAGACUUCUCCGUCGCUCCUCGCAGACCCUGACGAUACCCGGCUCUCCCAGAUCCGUUAUGUAACGAUUUUGAAAUCCAAUGGGGCGUCGCACAGCUCCGACUCGUCACGGCCGGUGACACGUUUACAAAUUCAAGAAACCGGUGUGGGUGAUGUCAAACUUGUCUCCGAGGCUUCACCUGCGGCGCCGGCGAUGAAGGCGUACGGGUUUGCGAGGGGGAAGCGGAAGAGGGGGCUUGAGGCGGAGGUUAUUCCAGGCAGCGAUGAGGAGGGUGACGGCGAGUCCGACGGGAAUGAGGAUGAAGGCUCCGCGGGUGAAUGUACCAGUGGGAGAAGACAACAAAGGGUGAUAGAUUCUGCGCAAGGAUUAUGA